GAAAAAAUAUUAGAGGAAGAAGAAGAAAGAAAAGAAGCGUGAAAGAUCGAGAUCAAGAUGUUAAACGAAAAAUCUAUAAGUGCUCCUAUCGAAUUUGGUUUACGUUUGAUCGGUCUCUGGCCGAAUUAUACUUAUGCUAUAUUCCAUAGAAUUCUUUGGACGAUAACUAUGAUAUUUGUUCUUUUUUUCGAAUACGUAUACGUGGUGAUGCAUAUCAAAACGGACGAGCUGCCUGAUCUCAUGGAUUCUUUGACUAUCACGUUGUCUAAUAGUCUUCUGUUUGUUAAACUUAUCAUACUUUGGUUCAAUGAUAGAGCUUUCGAGGAUAUUUUAAUAAUGGUAAUAGAAGAUUACGACAACAACGAGGAAACAAAUGAUCGUGAAAGAAUGAACAACAAAGUGAUUCUAUCUAAACGUUUCGCAAGCUGUACAAUUAUUUUAUAUUCAACAACAGUGAUUCUUUUUUCAAUAUCCGUAAUUUUCGCACCUGAGAGAGUACCAGUUCUUAAGAUGGAAUUUCCUUUCGAUGCAAUGAGAUCACCAAUUUACGAGCUAGUUUCCAUAUUACAAUUUAUUCAAGAAUUAAUAUUUGCCUCGACUUCCGGACUGUUGAACGGUCUGAUCGUGACCUUGUCUUUCGAUUCCGAUCAAGGUUCAGUAAUAUUGGCAAAGACUUUACCAUACUACACUGUGGUCAAUUUGGAAGCAUUCGUUCUUUGUUUCGCUGGCGAAUAUCUCACCUCGAAGGGUAAAGCUAUCGGUGAAGCCGCAUACACCUGCACUUGGUACGAACUAAGGCCGAAUGAAAGCCGAUAUUUCUUGCUUUUGAUACUGAGGUCUCAGAAAAGAUUGACGAUCACCAUCGGAAAAUUCAUGGAUUUAUCUUUGGAAUGUUUCGCCAGUAUAUUAAAAGCAUCGGCAUCGUAUGUUUCAGUACUUUACGCUAUGUACUGAUUUAUAUUAUUGUUUUGUGAAUAUAAUCUCGACGACGGUAAGAUUAUUGAUAUAGUAUAAUAGUUUCAUUCGCUUAUUAUUAAUUUAUUUAAUUUUAGAAUAAUA